UCGCCCUUUUCCGUCAUGGCGCCACCGGCCUCGGUCCCGCCCCGGAAGCGGUCAUUCUCAGCUUCCCGCCCCGCGGGACGUGUCUUCUGGUUCCGGCGGCCCCCGGUUCCGGCUCCUCGGUGUCUCCUGAUGGCGGAGGUGCGCGCGGGUCCCGCCGCUUCCGGUAGCGGGUCCGUCUCCCCGUCCCUGCCCCCCCCUCCCCCGGCCGCUCCCCCCGGCAGCCUCCCGCCUCUGCCCCCCGCCCCCCCUCCGCCCGGACCCGCCCCCCCCAGAGAGGGCUCCGCCAGCAGUAGUUCGUCCGGCUCCGGGUCCGGUUCUGCCCGGGAGGGCUGGCUCUUCAAAUGGACCAAUUACAUCAAAGGAUAUCAGAGACGAUGGUUCGUCCUCAGCAACGGCCUGCUCUCCUACUACCGAUCGAAGGCAGAGAUGCGUCACACAUGCCGUGGCACAAUCAACCUCGCCACGGCCAACAUUUCGGUAGAGGACUCCUGUAACUUUGUGAUCUCGAAUGGGGGAGCCCAGACCUACCAUUUAAAAGCCAGCUCAGAAGUGGAGCGCCAGAGGUGGAUCACCGCUUUAGAACUGGCUAAGGCGCGGGCGGUGAAGAUGCAGGCGGAAUCAGAUGAUUCUGGUGACGAGAACCCUAGUUCUCAGGCGGACAAGGCAGAGAUUCACAGCACACUUCGGGCUUUGUCAGGCAAGGUGGAAGAUCUGGGCACGUGCAAUGAUCUUAUUGCAAAGCACGGCACCGCUUUGCAGCGCUCUCUGAGUGAGCUGGAGAGUCUUCGCCUUCCUCAAGACAGUUCGGACAAGAUCAAGCAGGUUAACGAACGAGCGGACACUCUUCGGAUCACCUCUAACGCCAUGGAUAAACGUGAGUGCUUUAGAUAUAUUAGGCUUGGUAACUGUGUUUUCAUUUUCCUUCAUAGGCCUGCAGAGACCUUUAUGACGCUUGCAGAGAGCCACAGUAAGCGCUGGCAGAGAGCUCUGCAAUAUGAGCGAGAUCAGCGGCUGCGCCUGGAGGAGACGCUAGAGCAGUUGGCAAAGCAACACAACCACCUGGAACGGGCAUUCCGGGGGGCCACUGUCCUGCCAGCUGAGAGUCGCACUGGGGUCCCUAAAGACCCCUGCGGGACAGGGAAAGGAGACCUCAGUGAUGAAGAUGAUGAGAAUGAGUUCUUUGACGCUCCGGAAAUCAUCAGCAGUCCUUCCCAGGAUGGUCUGGGGCACAAGCGAUCUGGUAGCAACAUAAGUGCCGCGAGCUGCGACAUCCUGGAUGAGCAGGCCCGCCUGCCUUCAGAAGACACAAGAAAGGAGAGACGCACAAGAAUUCCACAUAAACCCAACUACAGCCUUAACCUAUGGAGUGUUAUGAAGAAUUGCAUUGGAAAAGAGCUCAGCAAGAUACCAAUGCCUGUAAACUUCAACGAGCCACUCUCAAUGCUUCAGCGUCUGACCGAGGACCUGGAAUACUACCACCUGCUGGACCGGGGGGCUCAGUGUGAGAGUGCUCUUGAGCAACUGUGUCUAGUGGCUGCUUUUACCGUAUCCUCGUAUUCCACCACCGUCUUCCGUGUGAGCAAACCCUUCAACCCACUGCUUGGAGAAACCUUUGAGCUGGAUCGAAUGGAAGACUGUGGCUACCGCUCGCUGUGUGAGCAGGUCAGCCAUCACCCCCCUGCUGCAGCACACCACGCAGACUCUCGUCAUGGAUGGACCCUGCGGCAGGAGAUCAAGAUCACAAGCAAGUUCAGAGGGAAAUACCUCUCCAUCAUGCCCCUCGGUACCAUACACUGUAUAUUUCACAACUCUGGGAACCAUUAUGCAUGGAAGAAAGUGACCACAACUGUUCACAAUAUCAUUGUAGGAAAAUUAUGGAUCGACCAGUCAGGAGAAAUAGAGAUUGUAAAUCACAAGACGGGAGAUAAGUGUAAGCUUAAGUUUGCUCCUUACAGCUACUUCUCCCGGGACAUAGCCCGCAAGGUGACUGGGGAGGUGAUGGAUGCAAGUGGGCGCUUGCACUACACUCUAAUGGGGACUUGGGAUGAGAGGAUGGAGUGCGCAACUGUUUCUUCUAGCAGCAAUUCUGAGAAUGGAGGAGGGGAACGGGCCCCAGAGAGCAAGACGCUGCUAUGGAGAAGAAAUCCGUUACCGAAGAAUGCAGAGUAUAUGUAUUACUUUUCGGAGCUAGCUCUUACACUGAAUGCCCCCGAGGAAGGCGUCGCUCCCACAGACAGCCGCCGGCGUCCUGACCAGAGGCUGAUGGAGAACGGCAACUGGGAUGAAGCAAAUCUAGAGAAACAGAGACUAGAGGAAAAGCAGAGGACUGUAAGGCGGAAGAGAGAAGCGGAGAGAGAGCGGGCUGGAGAAGGCGAUUCUCCAGUGGAUCCCUACAAACCACAGUGGUUUGACCGCAAGAUGGAUCCUGUGACCAAGGAAAUGAUGCACAUCUACCGCGGCACUUACUGGGAUGCUAAAGAACAGCAGGAUUGGAAUUCCUGCCCAGAUAUCUUUUAAGGGACAAUGGGAAGUGACAACAUCUCGAUCCCCUCCCAUGUCCUCUUCCGCCCCAUGCUCUCCUCUUCUCUUUUUACCUUCAGUGAUGCCUUACUGACCCUAGUUCAGCCCCCUAUUUGGAUAGGGCAAUGCUCUGCAGACAUUUUCCAUGAUGCUUUGCUCCAAUUCUGUCACUCAUGACCUAUUCAAGCAUUAUUCAUCAAACUUUUUUUUUUUCAGAAGCAGUAUUCUUGUCACCCAUAGUAACCAAUCACUUUCAUUCUCUUGGUGCAAUAAGAAAGAAGUCUAUUGGGCCCUUUGGCAAACAAGGCCCACUGUAUCUUAUGCAUGUAUAAGAAUGCUUAUGGCAACACUGCGAUACAUAUUUUAAAGGCACUUAUGCAGUACAUGGGCAACAAAUUCUACAGUAUACAUACAGUGACCACCAAAUGGAUUAUUUAAAGGGGCGGUUAAUAACUAUGUGUAAUGAGUAGGCACUACUGAGUAGAAUCCCCAACUGGUUUGUUAUCGGGGACUUCAGCAGCUAAAUGUGACAACCAUUGGGCCAAUCCCACUGCGGCGAUUCUCCCUGGUCAGUCUCCUGUUCUCUGAUGCAAAAUUCAUAGAACAUGCAUCAGUAAAACUAAGACAUUUUUGGAGUGGCGGCAACUUAUGGGGGAAGUGGAGAACCUAUAGGGUCUACCUAAGGUAAACGGUUGCUCUGCUUUGAUAUUACCAAUUUUGAAAGUGGCUGGUUGGUUUACUCACUGGCUUUGUAUUUCUCUCUGGGACUUUUUAGAAAGACCUUCAAGUUUCGAGGAGGGCAGUUGUUCAACAACAGGAAGACUGAGAGCUGCUGGUGGUACAUGUCAGAGCCAGAAGGUUCUUGGGGGGGAAAACUGCCCUUAACUGAGAUAACAAGUUUUGGGGGGUUACCCUUUGAUAACAGCAUCCAUAGCUGCCAAUCAGAAAUCCACUGGCUACAAUACGUGGAUAAAAUCAGCUUUGGGUUUGGUAGCCAACAGUUACUGCUAGCAAUUACUGUUUGCAGUGUUUAUAUAUCUGUCGGCAAAGACAAACUUCUUUCCUCUUGUACUUUAAUAACUCACUGCUGUGUGGUUUCCCCAGUAGAAUCCUUCUUCUCUGACCAAUAAAAAGAAAUCAAAGUAAUGUAUGACCAGCAGGAAUUUGUCAAUCGUAAAAAAAAAAAAAAAAAAAAAAUGCAAUAUGAAAUAGAAAAAUGUGGAAAUGUUUUAAAGUGACCCUGUCAUCUAAUAUUCUUUCUGCUAACAUUGCUGUUAAAGUGCAGGCACUUUGUGGUAUUUUUAAAUACCAUUUUACUGUAUUGGUCUUCAAAUCGAUUGCUUUGUGCUUCAGAAGGCCCAGGCCUGUUGUACUGGGCUUGACUUCUCAAACUGAAAUUAGGUAUGUCCAAUUGUCUGAUUUUAGUGGUCAUUGUUGCUCUGAAAGCCAACUCUACUAAAGGAAGCAACAUUAAGGGAGAAAAAA